AUGGAUCCUGACUAUGUCUGUAACUACGGAAAUGAAAGAUUACCGCGAUACUGGGUUGUCUGCAAUCAACAAGCCGUCUACCAUUGUCGUCAAGGGAUUGGAUUGAUGAAUCGGUUGCUGGCCAAUUUGAGGCCAAUGUUUUUGACGAUGCGACAUCUGCCACUGGGCCCACUAUCUGAUCCAUCCAUUAUUCAUAUUUGGAAAUUGCCGUAUACACUUUUCGUGAUAGCCGACCAUCAUCUCGACCAUUCCUAUAUUCGAAUAAUGGAUCUUGAUAAAUUCUGCUCAUUGGAUAUUGCUGCUGAAAUGCUUGUAUUCCUUCACACCCUCCUCAUCCAGCACCCUCCGAUCAGGAAUAAGAAACGGAUGAUUCGCCUGGUUAUUAGUCACCAUUGGGAUGAUCGAUGUCCGAUUGGUCACUAUAAUCAUCAGCUCUACCGGCGGAUGAUUGAUGGAGGUUUGGUGGUGAACGAAUUGAGAAAAAUCCCUUUAAACACGGCACAACAAGAUGCAAUGAUAUUUGAUUAUCAACACGAGCCGGGUUGCGCUAUGCCGCCAUUCGAAUGGGGAUGGCAGCGAAUCGUUGUGGUUGCACAGAAUUAUGGCCAAGACAUGGCAGCUGUACGAAAGGACUAUCGACCGUUGAAGCAGGUCUACCUUCUCCCCGGAAAUCCGGAAGACAGUGUUCCUGUAAAUGAUUGGCCAUUCUUUGCGGGUAGCAUGCGAAUUGAGCGA